AUGAAUUUGCUACAAAUUUCUAGUUUAAUUUUUAUCUGCGCAAUUUUGGCGCGGUACUCUGCAUCAGGAAAAGCAUCCGACGCAGAAAUCGAAGAGUUGAAGAAGCUGCUUCCUGAAACUUUGACCCUCACCCUGCCCGUGUCAGCUGACAAAAAAAUAACCUUGAACUUGAAGAAAUCCCAAAAAGAUGCGGCAGGGGAUGACAUUUUGAUCAUUGUUAGUGAUCACGACAGUGAAAAUAUAUGGAAACCAAGGAACAAGGAGUACGGCACAUUCACUCACGGCAAAGAAGCUUUCGUCCUGAGACCCGAGUCAGAGAGUCCAAAUGUCAAAGAUGUUUACAAAGUCGUCUUGGAUGGAGUUCCACACUGCAUCUUCCAUCAUUUAGAUGCCGUCAAUUUUGGAUCUGGCGACGAGAUAAAGACAAAAAGAUCGGCAAACAUUGAGAUGCCAGUCUUGAGAAAGAGGAACUCCGGGAUCGCCAGGAGCAAGAGGCCCGCUUCCACUGAAAUCGUCAUAGACGUUCUUGCAGUGUGCGAUUAUAGCAUUUUCCAAAGUUGGAUGAAGUUCAACAAUAACGACAAGCAAAAAGCCAUUUUAAACAUAAAAUACUAUUUCGCCAACGUCAUUAACUCGGUAAGCAAGAAGUACGAAUCUAUCAAGAGGUCGAAGUACGGCUACAAGUAUUCAGCGAAACUUAUAUCCCUAUUUAUCGCAUCGACUCCGCAAGAUUCUUCCUUCACUGAAAAUAGCGGCGUGAAAGUUGGGGAUAUGACAAUGAAUAUAAAUAAAGCGCUUGAUGAGUUCACAAAAUGGAUUCAGGAAAAGGAUCAGCAGGGUAAAAUCCCGAAAUUUGACGUGGCCACUGCUUUUACCAAGUAG